AUGGCGUUCGGCGAGAAAGUAGUCCUGGACGGAGCGAGCUUUAAGGUUCGACGAGGCGAGGCGGUCGGGAUCAUCGGACCGAGUGGGACUGGGAAAUCCACCGUGCUGCGCAUCAUGGCUGGGCUAUUGAUACCGGACGAGGGCGAAGUGUACAUCCGAGGCAAACGCAGGAAAGGGUUGGCGAGCGACGAGGCGCAUCCAGAGUUGCACGUCGGAAUGGUGUUUCAGUCCUCGGCGCUGUUCGAUUCUUUGACGGUGGGUGAAAAUGUUGGAUUUAAGUUAUACGAGCACAGCGACUUGCCCAAGGCGAAGGUUGAGCGAGCAGUGAAAAAGAGUCUAGCGGCGGUUGGAUUGCCGGGGUGCGAGGACAAGUACCCGGCGCAGCUUUCGGGAGGGAUGAAGAAGCGCGCGGCGUUGGCCCGCGCGAUUAUCAAAGAAGAGCGUGAGAGCGAUGAUGACCCAAUCGAGGAGGUGGUGAUGUACGACGAACCGACCGCUGGAUUGGACCCGGUGGCGAGCACGGUAGUGGAGGACUUGAUGCGAUCAUUGCACUGCAAACCGGAUGAGCAUUGUGAAGUGAACGGUGGGGUGUCGAGCUACAUCGUCGUCACGCACCAGCAUAGUACGAUUCGUCGAUCGGUCGACAGAAUCGUUUUCUUACACCAAGGCAAGGUUGCGUGGGAAGGAACGGUGGAGGAAUUUGAUACGACGGACGAGCCCAUCGUGCGACAGUUCGCCACCGGUAGCCUUCAAGGGCCCAUCACGUAUUGA